AUGCAGUACAUUUGGUUGGUGUUAUGUUCACUUAUUUGGCGGUUGGUACGCGCGGGUAAAGACUGGACCAACUCUGGCUAUCCGGACAUUCGAGGGCCCACUUUCGGCCAAUGCAAUGUCAAUAUCAGCACAACACAGAUACUGUACUUGUGUGAUCCGGACCAGAUCCUGAGCUCAGGAGAUCGUAAGUUUUAGGUCUUGUUUUAAGUUUAGAAGUACCGUACGACGAAUGCUUUUUCAGAUUUUUUACUGUAAAAAUACAUAGAUAUACCACAACUUGAACAAUAAACUAUUAUAAUAUAACCCUCAAGCAUACCAAAACUUUAGGUAUUCGACUGAAUAUAAUGAUGGAGAAGUUGGCCGUCGAUACGCCCUGCCCCUGCCAACGCCGUUCUCAAUGUUCUUCGGGUAGUAAUCGCAUUACCUCUUUCCACGGGUUUAUCGUAUCCAUAGCGUUAGUCAAUAACCUCCAAAUGAACUUUCACAGUCCGUCCGAGCAACAGUUAACCGACCGGGCGGGGUCGUUUUGCAAAACGCUGGAGGGGCGGUGGGCGUUGGGAGAUUGUGGGAACUCGGUUCUUAUCUUCGUAUGGCAACAUUACAAAAAAGUAAGUUUUAGAAGAUAUUAUGCUUCAUACUGCCUCCAUUUUAAGCUUUUCUUCGUACUAUUUACAUUCACAUUACAGUUGAUUAUAUGGCCGGCACGGUUGGCAGAACGCUAUGUCACUUUGGAAGAAAGGAAAAGGAUAAUAAGUAACGUGAACGACUUGAUCCAGACUGAUCGAUGGGCAGAAGCGUUGGAAACUGUGGUCGGUAGGUUAAAGUUCCAUGUUCAAGCAACUUAUGGUGACUAAAUAUAAUAAAGUGUUUUACAAAGUAAAUUAAAAAACAAAAAGUUCUACCUUUCAAUUAUGGUACUAAAGCAUUGAACUUAUAGCUGACAUCGAAACAGAACUGAAAGGAGAACCAGAAGACCGUGUAGAUACUGGAACCUUGUCGUUGAUCAUUGCCGUUGGCGUAGCCAGUCUGUUAACGAUAUUAAUAACUUGUAAGUCUAAAAAGUAUUACCUAAUUAGAGCAUGAAAAUGUUUUCUCAAAAUUCAAUAUCUUAACCCUUCUGAUAUCACAUUUACAGGUUGUGUCUGUGCAUUCCGUUGUUGUGGGAAUCUGACUCCAGAAGACGACACCAAAUCCCUGAGCCACAACGAUAGCAGUUUCGCUUCUUCUCUUAACCAGGUAUCUUAACAUACGUUAAUUCAAAAAACUUACAUCUUCUCUUCUUUUUAAAUUAUUUUUUAAAAGUUCUAUUUACUUUUGACCAAUAGUUAUUGCAUAGAGCAUAUAAAACUAGUAAUGGAAUCUCUAAAACAAAGUUUAACUUUAGAAACCGUUUGUUCGAAAUAACUUUGUCCGCCGAUCCGAAAGCCGUUCGCCGAAGUUUCCUCUGCGCAGCGCUACAUUGUCCUUGGAGCCACAACCUAUCAACUUCUACGUGGAGCCAUCUGACACCACUAUGGUAUAG